UACAUACUUCCUUACAUACUUGCUUACAUACUUGCUUACAUUCUUGUCUCCUCCUUCUCACACUUGCUCCACUUGUUUGUGGAAGUUAUCUGGAGUGCAACAUGGCGGCAGAGCAGAGGAAGGUGAGAAUUCUCAACAACCGGAAGUGACUUCCUGGCAGCUAACUGCUUCACUAAUCUAAUGAAAGAAGUAAUAAGAUGUCGUUUCAGUAAUGUAAUGGAAGAAGUAAUACGAUGUCGUCUUACUAAUGUAAUGGAAGAAGUAUGUUAGGUGUCGUCUGUACUCCUCAAAACAACUUUGUGUAGUCACUUUUCGCCAAAGUUGGUUAGAGCAGCCACACUUCCGAAGUGGAAGACAAGCAGUGAAGAGUCCAAAGUCAACAUGAGUCAGCAGGAAGUGCAAACACAUCUGGCAGUUCCUUUCAGAGGUCACAUCACAGGUGGUUUGCAUCCUGGCAAGAAAGUUGUUAUCUUUGCUGUGUUGGACUCUCAUCCUGACAGGUUCUACAUGGCCCUGACGUGCGGCUGCGGGACCACCAGGGAGCCCCCGACCCACGUGGCCUUGGAGGUCUGCGUCCGCUUCAAGGAGCGCCAGGUGCUGCGGCGGGCGUGCGUGAAGGGGGAGUGGGGGGGCGCCGACAGCGCCGUCCCCUUCUUCCCGUUCAUCCAGGGCCAACCCUUCAAGAUGGAGGUGCAGUGCCAACACGCUGGCUUCCACGUCUUCCUGGACGGUCAGCGGCUCUUCCACUUCCACCACCGGGUGGCGCCGCUGCACCUGGUGGACACGCUGUGGGUCAGGGGCAACGUGGCCAUCAGCAAACUGGCCUGAGGGGGCGCCGCUGAGCGCACAUGCCGACGUGGACUCGUGGUUCGUCAAAAUAAAAGUCAAAGUGACUUUAUUGAUAUUUUAGAUGUAAGUCUUCAUAGAAAGUCUUGCACUUUUAUUUUGGAGUUCUUCCUGUUGGACACCUGUGUUUAGCCCCGCCCACUUUCUGGAGGUUUCCACACAAUGGACACGCCUCUAAUCUUUGUAUUAUUGUACCAUAUAAACUAGUGUACUACACUGAAAUUGUACCAUAUAAUCUAGUGUACUACACUGAAAUUGUACCAUAAAAACUAGUGUACUACACUGAAAUUGUACCAUAUAAACUAGUGUACUACACUGAAAUUGUACCAUAAAAACUAGUGUACUACACUGAAAUUGUACCAUAAAAACUAGUGUACUACACUGACAUUGUACCAUAAAAACUAGUGCACUACACUGAAAUUGUACCAUAUAAACUAGUGUACUACACUGAAAUUGUACCAUAUAAACUAGUGUACUACACUGAAAUUGUACCAUAUAAAC